UCGAAUGGAUCAAUUGAAUCGACCAACAAAUGUGAUUGUUGAUCAAAAAAAUCAUUCGAUCAUUAUUGCUGAUUCUGGGAACAGACGAGUGAUUCGAUGGUUGAAUCAAGAUCAACAAAUUCUGACUGAAAAUAUUGACUGUUGUGGCUUGGCAAUAGAUAAAUAUGGAUUUCUUUAUGUUUCUGAUAUCGCGAAGAAUGAAGUUCGAAGAUGGAAAAUGGGUGAAUACGAUGAAGGAAUUGUAGUAGCAGGUGGAAAUGAUGAAGGAGAUGAACUCAAUCAAUUCAAUCAUCCUAAUUUUAUCUUUGUUGACGAAGAUGAAUCUGUUUAUGUAUCGGAUACAGGUAAUCAUCGUGUGAUGAAAUGGAGUAAAGGUGCAAAAGAAGGAAGAAUUAUGGCUGGAGGAAAUGGUGAAGGAGGAAAUCUCAAUCAAUUGUCUUAUCCUCGAGGAGUAAUUGUCGAUCAUUUGGGUCAAAUCUAUGUGGCAGAUUUUGGAAAUGAUCGAGUAAUGCGUUGGUGUGAAGGAAAAGGUGAAGGUGAAAUUGUUGUUGGUGGAUAUGGAAAAGAAGAUCAUUCGAAUUACCCUCGUGGUUUGUCUUUUGAUGAUGAAGGAAAUCUUUAUGUUGUCGAUUCUCUUAAUCAUCGAAUUGCAAAAUUUGAAAUAAUUUUGUGA